AUGGAGUUUGAGGCCCUUCUCAGUCCCCAGUCUCCCAAGCGGCGAAGGUGCAACCCUCUCCCGGGGACUCCCAGCACUCCGUCCCCGCAGAGAUGCACCCUGCGCCCGCCCGUGGACAGCCCUACACACGCGAUGUCCCCGGGAGUCAUGGGGGGAGAAACUCGUCUUACACCAGAGCAGAUCUUCCAGAACCUGCGUCAGGAGUACAGCCGCAUCCAGAGGCGGCGACAGCUGGAGGGAGCCUUCAACCAGAGCGAGGCCUGCAGCUCCAGCGAGGCCCCCAGCCCCUCCCUCACCGCCCCCAGCUCCCCCCCAGGCGCCUCCAGGAAGGACCAGCCCUCUUUUACGCUGAAGCAAGUAAGCUACCUGUGCGAGCGGCUCCUCAAAGACCACGAGGACAAGAUCCGGGAGGAGUACGAACAGAUCUUAAAUACAAAACUCGCAGAACAAUAUGAAUCUUUUGUGAAAUUCACACAAGACCAGAUCAUGCGAAGAUACGGAGCGCGGCCUGCGAGUUACGUCUCGUGA